AUGUCUUGUAGUUAUCUAGUUGUGUUGCUGGCUCUGGCCUGCGCUGUUUCUGCUCAGUCAGACGUGGAGACCAUGGCAAGGAAGUUCCUUCAGAAGUUCGAUGAGGAUGCCACCAGGCUUGUGUACCAGAGCUCGCUGGCAACAUGGGCCUACAAUACCAAUAUCACAAAGGAGAACUCAGACAAAAUGGCAGAACAGGGGAAAAUUUGGAGCGAUUUCUAUACCAAGACGUCAGAGGAGUCUCAGAAAUACCCCAUUGACAAGAUUGAGGAUCCACAAAUCAAAUUACAGCUCAUCUCCCUACAAGACAAAGGCUCUGGUGCCCUAUCUGCGGAAAAAGCGGCAUAUCUGAACAAGAUCAUGAGUGAGAUGAAUACAAUCUACAGCACAGCGACCGUGUGCCUAAAGGACGACUCCCUUAACUGCCAGACUUUGGAGCCAGGACUGGAACAUGUAAUGGCCUACAGCAAAGACUACUUUGAGCGUCUGCAUGUGUGGGAAGGCUGGAGGAGAGAGGUGGGGAAGAGAAUUAGGCCGCUGUACGAAGACUACGUGGUUCUUAAGAAUGAAGCUGCCCAACUAAACGGUUUUGAAGACUAUGGAGCUUACUGGAGAUAUAACUAUGAGACCAUUGAAAAUGAUGCUCAGUUCAAGUACACCAGAGAUGAGUUGAUGCAAGAUGUCCGUUCGAUAUACAAACAGAUCCUGCCCUUAUACAAGGAGCUGCACGCCUACGUGAGGGCGAGGCUUAUGGAGGUCUACUCAGGACAUAUUGAUUCAGAAGGACCUCUGCCAGCCCACCUGCUGGGUGACAUGUGGGGAAGAUUCUGGAACAACCUGUACCCUCUGUCAAUCCCCUACCCAGACAAGCCGGAUAUUGAUGUCAGCAAAGCUAUGGUGGAAAAGGGUUGGAAGGAGAUUCAGCUUUUCAAAGAAGCAGAGAAGUUCUUCAUGUCUGUGGGCCUGUAUAAGAUGUUUGAUAACUUCUGGAAUGACUCAAUGUUCGUGAAGCCUGAGGAUGGACGCAAGGUGGUCUGUCAUCCCACAGCCUGGGACUUGGGAAACAGAAAGGACUUUAGGAUCAAAAUGUGCACCAAAGUCAACAUGGAUGACUUCCUGACGGCGCACCACGAGAUGGGUCACAACCAGUAUCAGAUGGCUUACCGCAACCUGUCCUACCUCCUGAGGGACGGAGCCAACGAGGGUUUCCACGAGGCUGUCGGAGAAAUCAUGUCCCUCUCUGCUGCGACACCCAAACACCUGCAGCAACUGCAACUCCUGCCUGCUGACUUUGUUUAUGAUAAAGACGCAGAGAUAAACUUCCUGCUGAAGCAGGCACUCACCAUUGUGGCCACACUGCCGUUCACCUACAUGCUGGAGGAAUGGAGGUGGCAGGUCUUUGCAGGGAACAUCACCGAGGAUAAAUGGAUGGAACGCUGGUGGGAGAUGAAGAGAGAGCUGGUAGGGGUGGUGGAGCCGGUGCCAAGAGAUGAGACCUACUGCGACCCGCCUGCUCUGUUCCAUGUAUCUGGAGACUACUCUUUCAUCAGGUACUUCACAAGAACCAUCUACCAGUUUCAGUUCCAAAAAGCACUUUGUGAUGCGGCUGGUCAUACAGGAGCUUUGUCUACUUGUGACAUUACUGGUUCGAAGGAAGCAGGCACCAAGUUGAGGAAUAUGUUAGAGCUGGGAAGGUCCCAGUCCUGGACCAGGGCUUUGAAUACGAUAUCCGGUCAUGCCAAGAUGGAUGCCAGCCCCCUGUUGGACUAUUUCCAAAAACUUUAUGACUGGCUGAAGGUAGAGAACCAGAAACACAACAGGACUGUUGGCUGGAAAACAGCAAUAGAUCCAUAUUCAAAGUAUGGCAUUAGAGUGAGGCUAAGUUUGAAGGCUGCCAUGGGCGAUAAAGCUUAUUCCUGGAACAACAAUGAGCUGUACCUGUUCAAGACCAACAUUGCGUACGCUUUGAGGCAGUACUACAGCCAAGAGAACGAGACCCUUCCUUUCACAUCAGAGAACAUCUUCGCCUAUAAGGAGACUCCCAGAGUCUCCUUCUACAUCGUGGUUACCAACCCAAAUAGUCCCACCGCAUAUAUCCCCAAAGAAGAUGUGGAGGCUGCCAUACGAUUAUCUCGAGGCCGAAUCAAUGAUGCCUUCCAAUUGGAUGACAACACGCUGGAGUUUGAGGGUAUCCCAGCAACACUGUCACCUCCUGUGGAGCAGCCGGUGCAGGUGUGGCUGGUGGUAUUUGGGGUGGUCAUGGGAUUGGUGGUGCUACUGGGCGUCUACCUUGUCGUCUCCGGUAUCAGAGAGCGCAAGAAGAAGCCUGUAAGGACAGGCAUGGGAAAUCCCUAUGAAGAAGAAAUGGAUGGAGUGUCUAACAAAGCCUAUGACGGCAGUGAUGAUCAUACUGAUGAUCAUACUGGACUCUGAAUCCACUGUUAUUGCCGAAGAACAGAGUGAAGGUGUCCGCAAUGAAAGAAUAGAAAGUGAAGUGCUUCAUGGCCUCUUAUCAAAUAUGUACAUAACUGCUAAAUGUAUACGUAUAUGUGUGAAAGUUUGUUGAGGAUUUUGACCCCCACAGACAGUUAUUGUAAUGUGAAUUUUCUUAAUACAUAUAAAAAUAUAUAUUUAAUUGUAUUUAAUUGUAGUAUACAAAGAAUCCUUCCAUAUGGAUUCAUGAUGAAUGUGCCUAAACUGUGAUAUUUUUAUGUUAAAAUAUUAUACUUUGUGCAGUAACAACAUAGGCUAUACGAAGUACAACUUUACAUUUAACUACACUUAACUUCAUGGUACUUUGCUAUUAUGAGACACCAUUAAGUUGUAAUUAAGUGUAUUUACAUCUACUUUUUUGUUAUAAUGGUACACAAUUUUACUUAAUGUCUUUUAGACAACUAUUCAUAUACAUUAAAUACACCCCAAAUACUAAAAAUGAAAAUGUCAUCCCUGUCAAGUGUAUUUCAAGUUGUACUAUGUACACAGUAUAUCAUUAAUAAAUCAAGUACAAAAUCAGUAUCUCAAAAGUAACACAGUUUAUGUACAGAAAUCAUACCACACUUUUGAGUUCAAUCACAUUGCAUUUUUUUCUACAUUCAUUGACUGUUUUAACAAACAUGAAAAUGUGAUUUAAUUGGAUUCAAGCUUUUCCAAUAUAGGUCCUUUCAGAAGGUGCAGUGUUUUUUUCCAAUGUUGCUAUCAGAUUGUGUUUUGUAAUUUAUAGAACAUUACAUUUGCACAUUCAGAGAAUUUGAUGCAGCUCAAAUUCAGGAUAGUUGAUAAAAAAAAAACAAGAAUGGUGUUUGUCCAUAUUACUUUUUAAUAUUUAAUAUUCUGUAAAAGGCUUUGAUGGUCAAACUUUUUUUAAAAAUACUAUUUGAUACUUGUGUUUUCAAAUAUAAAAAUUAAGUGUUGUAAUGCAGACCU